UCUGUCUGUCUGUCUGUCUGUCUGUCUGUCGAAGCAGAGGAAGCGUUUCUAAGACUAUGGAGAUGUUUCCUGAGUGAGUGUUACAACACUGAUCGUCUGUCGAUCCAAGAAGCACAAGAGCAGGCCAUAACAUCCUGUCAGGCAGGCCUGCUAAGCCGAUUACAGAUAAUACUGAUCCCCUGAUCACAGCCCCCAGGGGCUUAGGGAGCCGGGCAUUCUGUUGGUCGGGUCUUAGUGGCUGGAUCAAUUAACAAAUGGGUGGCAAUUGGAGGGAUGGCCAUACAGACAACAUGACAACAUUUGUCACACACACACACACACACACACACACACACACACACACACACACACACACACACACACACACACACACACACACACACACACACACACACACACAGUACUCCCCCGUUUCACUCGGUUUAAUUUUAUUCCUACGGAGUACAACCCAGGAUUUCCUCAACAGGCACGUUGUUUACAACAGAAGACCUAUAGGAUGAAGGGAAAAUAUGUUGCAUGAUGUUUUGGAAUAAAGCAGGAAUGAAUAAUACAGAUGUCAAGCAGGUGGAGACACGCUGCAGGAUGCUGGAGUUGUUCAGAUGUCAAGCAGGUGGAGACACGCUGCAGGAUGCUGGAGUUGCUCAGAUGUCAAGCAGGUGGAGACACGCUGCAUGAUGCUGGAGUUGUUCAGAUGUCAAGCAGGUGGAGACACGCUGCAUGAUGCUGGAGUUGUUCAGAUGUCAAGCAGGUGGAGACACGCUGCAUGAUGCUGGAGUUGUUCAGAUGUCAAGCAGGUGGAGAGACGCUGCAGGAUGCUGGAGUUGUUCAGAUGUCAAGCAGGUGGAGACACGCUGCAGGAUGCUGGAGUUGUUCAGAUGUCAAGCAGGUGGAGAGACGCUGCAUGAUGCUGGAGUUGUUCAGAUGUCAAGCAGGUGGAGAGACGCUGCAGGAUGCUGGAGUUGUUCAGAUGUCAAGCAGGUGGAGACACGCUGCAGGAUGCUGGAGUUGUUCAGAUGUCAAGCAGGUGGAGACACGCUGCAUGAUGCUGGAGUUGUUCAGAUGUCAAGCAGGUGGAGACACGCUGCAGGAUGCUGGAGUUGUUCAGAUGUCAAGCAGGUGGAGACACGCUGCAGGAUGCUGGAGUUGUUCAGAUGUCAAGCAGGUGGAGACACGCUGCAGGAUGCUGGAGUUGUUCAGAUGUCAAGCAGGUGGAGACACGCUGCAGGAUGCUGGAGUUGUUCAGAUGUCAAGCAGGUGGAGACACGCUGCAGGAUGCUGGAGUUGUUCAGAUGUCAAGCAGGUGGAGACACGCUGCAGGAUGCUGGAGUUGUUCAGAUGUCAAGCAGGUGGAGACACGCUGCAGGAUGCUGGAGUUGUUCAGAUGUCAAGCAGGUGGAGACACGCUGCAGGAUGCUGGAGUUGUUCAGAUGUCAAGCAGGUGGAGACACGCUGCAUGAUGCUGGAGUUGCUCAGAUGUCAUUCACUGGGAAAACAGGAGGAUGUUUCCAGCAUGACAUUGCAAUGGAAAUGUUCAUUGUUGCCAUGACAACUUUUAUCUUGUAUCAAACAGAAAAUCGGACGACAAAAAAAAAACACGUUGGCAUGGUUACUGCAGAGACUACUAGACAGAAACAGAUUCAUGUGUCUCAAAUGUCAGCCUAUAGUCUAUAGGCCCAUAGGGCUCUGGUCUAAAGUAGUGCACUAUAUAGGGAAUAGGGUGUCAUUUGGGACUCACAGCCUGAGAUAGAAUCAAUAUAUGACGUUAUUAUUAAACUUUGUUCGACUCGGUUGUGUGCAAUGAUGGUGUGUGUGACAGAAACCAGCAGCCAGCAGAAACCAGAGAGGUUUGGCAGCUUCAACAAGGAUGGUGUGUGUGACAGAAACCAGAGAGGUUUGGCAGCUUCAACAAGGAUGUCCGCAUACCAGCUAAUCACCAUUCAGCUUUGCUAUGACAGACGGGUUGAUAGGAGAACCCCCCCCCCCCUAAUAAAUACCACAGUGUUGUAUCAGUGUAUUACACCCCUCUCUAUCCUAACACCACCCACAGCAACA